UCUCCGCAAUAGUCAGAAGUGGAGGCCAGAGGCAGCCGACUGGUCAGUUGCUUCUUUCUGUUUUAUUACCUUGGACUCCAGGCAGGAGGAUCGUCGGAGCCCAAUAAUGUAAAGUAGCCUUUUCCUGGAGAAGCUCCUCACCUUCAAACAGGGCCCCCUGUGUAAAUCCCUAACUGGUUGCAUGAAUGCAGGGCCAAAGGAUUAGGUUUGGGGGCACUGGGGAGUGAAGUGAGAGUCAGGUAGCCCCAGGAUCAGUCUCCUCUCUAGGGGCAUAAAGUUGGAGGGUGCCCAAAGAGGGGGCUUGUUGACCUUUACUGCCAGGUGGGAAAAAGGUGAGCUGGAAAGAGGGAGUUUAGGGCCCUUUUAGGGAUGCUUUUGAGUGAGGUGGGGUUACCUCACAACCUUCCUGGGCUACCCUUCUGCGCUGCCCUAGCCAGAGAAUCAAGGGGGCUUCUUGCCAUACCAGCAAGGACGGAUUUGGCUACAAAUACCCUGGCCUUCAAAGAAAGCUUGGCAGUUACUCAUUGCCUAAUUUGAUUCAGGCCAGCCAGAUUGUAGUAACUUUUGGGUGACCCUGAUGAAGACAAAGCCGGCGGGAUUCGGCCUUUGUAUGGCAGAGUCCUCGCGCUCCCGCGGGCUGGGCGGGCAGGAGUCCUGCCUGCUUGGGGUUCUCUGUCCAACUCAGGAGUCACCUCCUCCACCACCUUUUGAUGCCAUGCACCUUGACAAAUAUGGGAGAUUCAUUCCCUUUUGAACUGUGCCCAUUUUGGGGGGCUGAUUGCAGGCCGGGUGCAUGGAGAGGGCAGUGGAGGUUAGCAAAGUCAGUGGCAGACAAAAGCUGGGGUUACCAGUGGGGAAUGAGGGUGCUGGGAUUAGAACUCCACUAACAUCUGGUGGGAGCCCUCAAAGGUGCCACGGUGAGUCACUUGAUUACACGUAUGUUAUUUAGUUAAAUUUGUGAAAAUUAUGAGAUGCUCACCAGCCCGGUGAUAAACUCACUCCCUCGCUAUUGGCUGGCCUGGUCACAUGGCCGCCAACUUUAUUCAGUUGACAGCAAGUAGGAGGGCCCUAUGGAAGAAGAAAAAAAGACAACACGAGAAAAAUUAGUAUUUUCUACCUUCUGAAAUUAAUGGCCAUGAGUUCCUAUAUGGUGAACUCCAAGUAUGUGGACCCCAAGUUUCCUCCAUGCGAGGAGUAUUUGCAGGGCGGCUACCUAGGCGAGCAGGGCGCGGACUACUACGGCGGCGGCGGUAGCGCGCAGGGGACCGACUUCCAGCCCCCGGGGCUCUACCCACGGCCCGACUUCGGUGAGCAGACCUUCGGAGGUGGCGGCCCCGGGCCCGGCCCGUCUCUGCCCACGCGGGGUCACGGGCCAGAACCCGGCGGCCCCGGCGGCCACUACGGUGCUCCAGGAGAGCCAUGCCCGGCGCCCUCCGCGCCCCCGCCCGCACCCCUGCCCGGCGCCCGGGCCUGUAGCCAGCCAGGCGGCCCCAAGCAGCCGCCCCCCGGGACUGCCCUCAAGCAGCCGGCCGUGGUCUACCCGUGGAUGAAGAAGGUGCACGUGAAUUCCGUGAACCCCAACUACACCGGCGGGGAGCCCAAGAGGUCCCGGACAGCCUACACCCGGCAGCAAGUCCUAGAACUGGAAAAAGAAUUUCAUUUUAACAGGUAUCUGACGCGGCGCCGUCGGAUUGAAAUCGCUCACACCCUGUGUCUUUCCGAGCGCCAGAUCAAGAUCUGGUUCCAGAACCGGAGGAUGAAGUGGAAAAAAGACCACAAGCUGCCCAACACCAAAGGCAGGUCCUCCUCAUCCUCGUCCUCGUCCUCCUGCUCCUCCUCAGCUGCCCCCGGCCAGCAUUUGCAGCCGCUGGCCAAGGACCACCACACGGACCUGACGACCUUAUAGAAGUGGGGACCCUGGGCCCACCCCUCCCUGAGCUCCUGGCUGAGCCGAAGUUGCGGGGGCAGGCCGGGCCUGCUGUCACCUCCCUGGGCUCUAAGGUACUGUGGGGUGGACCUGGGACACACGCAGGCCUCCCUAAGGUUAGCAUCCUGCCCAAGGACAGCCCCCUCCCUGGAGCGGGGGACGGGGGUGGGAGGGGGCGGGAUUCUCUCUCUAAGUAUAUUAUCAAAUGGCAGGAGCUAUUGAGAACAUAAAACCUUGGCGAGUCA